UGCCGACUUAACCUCGUUGUCGGAGUCCUCGACGAGAGUCUUCUUACGCAUGACGCCACCUGCGAGGUCUUCUGAGUCCGGGUACAGUAUAUAUGUGAUCCGGGGGUUGGUGACCUACAAAGUGGAGAUUCAGUGGAGUAGUGGGUAGUGGAGCAGUAGUGGAGAGACCAGGAAGCGGCAGCAAAGACAGCGAGUGAGGCACGCAUGUCCACGUCACAUCGGCGAGCGAACGCAUCUCGAUCGUGCCAGCGAAAUCGCGGAGGGGACCACAAUGACAGAGGAUAACGGGCGGGCUCUCGCGAGAAGAUGGAUCUCGAGGAUAAUACUCGCUACGUUUCUCGCGCUCAUCAUUUUGAGUCUGCCGGCGAUGUGCCAGCGGCACGAGUCGCCGAGCUUCAAGUAUUCCAAGGAAGCCAACGAGAUCUACUCGGAUGAACGACAUCAGUAUCAGCCUUAUGAUCAUGAUCACGAUCACGAUCACGUUCACGUUCACGAUCAUGAACAUGAACAUGAACAUGAAGAACAUGAUCCGAUACGGUAUGAUCCACAUGGCCAUGAGUACCCUCCUCCGAAAGCUUCGACAAAACCAAGCCCUCCGCAUAUUAAGAAUUACAAAGAUAUUGUUGUAAGAGCCAUUGGGUCGACCUUGAUCAUAUCUGCCGCACCUUUCCUCAUAUUGUUCUUCGUGCCGCUUGACAACACCGAGCAAAGUGAGUGGCUGCUCAAGAUCCUGCUGAGCUUCGCGUCUGGUGGCCUGCUAGGCGAUGCGUUUCUUCAUUUGAUUCCACACGCGAUGAUCCCUCACUCACACGGCUCUUCAGAAACACACUCACACUCGCAUUCCAAUUCUCAUGACGAACCAGGACAUCACAAACAUGAUAUAUCCGUCGGUUUGUCCAUAUUGUUAGGGCUAAUAGUAUUUCUAAUGGUGGAGAAGGCAGUACGUAUUGUUAAGGGCGAUCAUGGCCAUUCACAUGAGAAAAAAAAUGUUUUGGUAGAGAAGAGAGAGGGGAAGAAAGAGGAGAGGAAAGAGGAGAAAAAAGAGGGGAAGAAACAGGAGAAAAAAGAGGAGAAGAAAAAUAGCGGUAAAGCAGUUUCCAAGGCGUGCAAGACACCUGAAAGCGAUAUCAAGAUCGCCGGCUAUCUGAACUUGGCGGCGGACUUCCUGCAUAACUUUACAGAUGGUCUGGCUAUAGGAGCCAGUUACAUGGCUGGAGACAGUAUCGGUUACGUAACGACAUUCAUGAUAUUGUUACAUGAAAUUCCUCAUGAAAUUGGUGAUUUUGCCAUCCUGAUACAAAGUGGAUACAGUAAAAGUAAGGCUAUGAAGAUGCAGUUGGUCACUGCUAUAGGAGCUUUAUUAGGAACUUUUAUUUCUUUGUUGGCAGAAGGAAUGGGUGAUUUUGCAACAAAGUGGAUUCUUCCUUUUACAGCAGGAGGCUUUAUUUACAUUGCAACCGUUUCUGUAAUACCAGAACUUUUAACUGCCACCAAACUUUGGCAAUCAGUUCAGGAGAUAUCUGCACUUCUUGUCGGAGUAUCUCUGAUGGUUUUUAUGUCAAACAUCGAAUAAGAAAUACAUUUGUUCAAAUUUA